CGCAACUUCCACGCGUCCACGCGAAAACAUAACCCCUUGCGCGAUAUUUAUUAUUUAUUAAUUAAAUACAUCUACAAAUAUAUUUUUCGUACUAGGUAUAAGAAAGAACAUAGAUACAUUUGUCAUUUGAUCGAUUUAAUAUGCAUUCUUAUUUUCUACCGCUGUUGACAAGUUUUUUAUUGAAGCAUGCAUUCUGUUCAAAAAUACCAACACCAAAAAUUGCUGUUAUUGGAGGAGGUAUUGGAGCCGCUUCGACUACUCAUUUUCUCACUGAACUAUUUAACAAUGAUUUAAAAAUUGAUCUUUACGAAGCUAAUAAGAUUGGUGGACGUUUGGCGACGAUCCAAAUUGAUGACAAUGAAUAUGAAGCCGGAGGUUCAAUUAUACACUCGCAGAACAAAUACAUGCAAGAAUUUGUCCAUUUACUUGGAAUGGAACAUAAGCCUAGCAGAGAGCAAAAAUUUGCUAUAUGGAAUGGUACAGAUAUUAUUUUCGAAGCAAGCAAUAUCAAGAUAUUUACUUUAGCUAAAUUAAUGUAUAAAUACGGUAUACAACCGUUUAAACUUAACAGUUACGUAGAUUCUAUAUUAGCCGAUUUUUCGAAAAUUUAUCAUCUACAAAGUAAGGGCCAGUCUUUCAUGAACGUUACCUCUAUGCUGAUGGCCAUGAACAAGGAGUUUCCAAAGCUACUCCAAGUCUCUAUCAAAGAUCAACUUUUACAUUUGGGAUAUGCCGAGGAAUUAAUUGACGAGUUAGUCGAAGCUCCCUUGUUGGCAGAUUAUGGACAAACGAAGACGGCCGUUCACAGUUUCGUCGGUUUGGUAACGCUUUCCGCAACUACCGGAGACAUAUGGUCGGUUAAAGGAGGAAACAAAAAAGUGCCUGAACAUUUAAUAUAUAGGAACGUUAACGUAAAUGUGCUUUCUUCUUUCGUCAAGAAAAUUCAUUAUGAAACUAUCAAUAACUUUCCUAAUUAUGAAGUACAUUAUUCCAACAAAGAUAACGUUAUGAAAAAUCACUACGACAUAGUCAUUAUCGCGACUCCGUUAAGAAAACAUGAACAAACGCAUAUUACAUUCGAAGGCAUCCCUGGCGACGACAAUUUAACAUUUUUAGAUGAAUAUCAAACAGUUAUUGCGACCUUUAUAAAAGGAGAUAUUAACCCAAAUUACUUUGGACUCGAAGAAGAAUUAGAUUGCAUAUUAAUUUGCAAUUAUAAUAUCGAUAUUCGUUCCAUUGGGAGAAUAGACACCGUUGAAGGUCCAACUAAAAUGAAUUCCAAAAUAUGGAAAAUUUUCAGUAACGCCUCCUUGCCCUUAACUCUUCUAAACAACAUUUUUCUCAAUAUAGAAGAAGUGAAAGAAGUCGCCUGGAAGGCAUAUCCACGAUAUACUACGAAAGCACGUUUAGACAAAUUUAAACUUUAUGACGGCCUUUAUCACGUUAACGCCAUCGAAUGGGUAGCUAGCGCAAUGGAAAUGAGUGCCAUAGCUGGUAGAAACGUAGCGAUAUUAGCUCACGAUGAAUAUUUACAAAGGUUCUCGAAUCAACCAAAUACGUCAAGUACGCCAAAUACGCCAAAAGAUACUCAAAAAAUAGAACUCUGAAUCCUUUUUUUUUAUACACCUUACAUACAUUAUAUGUUGUACAUAUUGUGUUCUAUACACGUUUUAUUACAUUGUAAUAUAUACAUAUAUAUAAUAGGUAAUCGGUGAUAUCAUGAAAAAUAUAAAAACUUAAAAACAA